CCGGUGUAUCAGAUCGCUGUCGACCUUGUGGGCCAAAACGCAAACAGGGUCUGGCAGAACGAGGUGCAGUCAAGCAUCAUGGACCAGGCCGCCGAGUUACACAUGGCCGACGCCUACGAGGAGCUCUACUCGGCGCGAUACGCCAACAGAGUGGACUGAUGGAGGCGCCCCACAACUCCAAACUGCACUCUUCUGCUCGUUUUCGCACAGCCACCAAUCACGAUUUUAG